AUGCCUCACAUGCAGCGACAGCAGGUUGGCAGUAGGGGGCAGUGCUCAUCCCCACUCCCCCGCCUCCUCCUUCUCCUCCUCAUCCUCCUAUCCUUCACUGCCCAGCAUAGCCAAGCAGCCAUACACAUCCCCUCCAACUACCACAUAAGUGAUCUCAAAAGGCCUCCGAUGAUCACCACACAGCCGGAGUCUGUCACUGUUUUUAGUUUUGAAGACCUAGUCAUGAGCUGCGAGGCUUCUGGCAACCCCCCACCCAUUUUCCGGUGGACAAAGGAUGGCGAGGAGUUUGACCCAGGCACUGACCCAGAGCUGAAGGUGACUGAGCGUUCUGGCUCAUUUGUCUUCUAUACACUCAGUUAUACAAUGGACACUCUGAAGCAGUACCAAGGCACGUACGUCUGCUUUGCAUCCAAUGAGCUGGGGACGGCUGUCUCCAAUGAAGCUGUACUCAGCAUUGAUGUUCCACCAAUACAGCAGAAAGAAAAAAGGGUUUAUGUGAAGGCUGAAGAGGGAAGCAGUAUUGUACUGAAGUGCAAUCCCCCACAGAGCUCUAUGGAGCCUAUCAUUCACUGGAUGGACCAGAGGCUACUCCACAUUAAGCUAAGUGAGCGUGUUGUGGCAGGGAAGGAUGGCAACCUAUACUUCGCCCAUUUGUUAACUAACGACAGUAGAGAUGAUUACACGUGCAACGUCCAGUACCUGGCAACUCGCAACAUUUUAGUCAAAGAACCCAUCACGCUGACUGUCAACCCCUCCAACUCAGUGGUACGGAACAGGAGGCCCCAGAUGAUGAGGCCGACUGGAAGUCACUCCACUUUCCACACCCUCCGGGGCCAGUCUCUGGAGCUCGAGUGCAUCGUCCAGGGCCUUCCAACCCCCAAAGUGAAGUGGAUAAGAAAGGAUGGUGAACUGUCUGAAUCUCGGACCACCAUAGAAAUGCACAACCGUCGCCUGCGUUUCAGUAAUAUCUCAGCAAGUGAUGGGGGCGAGUACCAGUGUAUAGCUGAGAACACCCAAGGGAAGGUUGCUCAUACUUACACAGUGACUGUGGAAGCGGGUCCCUAUUGGAUCAAAGAGCCUCUCAGUCAGUUGUAUGCCCCUGGUGAGUCUGUGAGACUGGACUGCCAGGCAGAUGGCAUUCCCACUCCCACCAUUACCUGGACGAUCAAUGGGAUCCCUAUCUCAGAAACUGACAAGGACCCCAGACGAAGUCUGUCAGCAAGUGGAUCUUUGAUCCUAAAUGAUGUCAAUUUUGGAGACACUGCUAUUUACCAGUGCCGGGCCUCUAACAAACACGGAACUAUCAUCACCAACACAAAUGUGUUUGUCAUUGAGCUGCCACCACAGAUUCUCACAGAGGAUGGGAAUAUGUACACAUUCACAGAGGGCCAGAAGGCGUCACUGGAGUGUGAGACCUUUGGUUCUCCUAAACCUAAAGUCAUAUGGGAGAGCAGUGGUACCUCCUCCCUCCUGGCAGAUCCUCGAGUUAACGUGCUCAUCAGUGGGAAGCUUGAGAUCACUAAUGUCACCCACGAUGAUGAAGGAAUCUACACCUGCUCUGUAGAAAACACCAAUAUCACCGUCAGUGCAGAGUUGGAAGUACUCAACCGGACAUUGAUCCUGACACCUCCACAGGCUCUGAAGGUGCAGCCUGGACACACAGCCAUCUUCACCUGCUUGGCCUCAGUUGAUCCAAAACUUGGUGCUCCUUUUAUUCAGUGGAGAAAGAAUGAUCAGAAGAUUAUGGAGUCCCACAUUGAUGAAAAAUACACAUUUGAUGGACCAGACCUGAUUAUAACUAAUGCAGAACCAAAUGAUGAAGCGGUGUACACCUGUCAAGUCAUCACUAAAUUGGACAUGGCUGAAGCUAGUGGCAGCCUUACUUUAUAUGAUCGCCCAGACCCCCCUACCCUCCUCCAGGUCACUAAUCCUAAGAGUCGUUCCAUCACACUCAGCUGGACUCCUGGAGACGACCACAACAGCCCUGUGUUAGAAUAUGUGGUUGAGUUUGAGGACCAAGGCUCAAAGGAUAGGGGUUGGGAGGAGCUGAAGAGAGUCGGAGGAAACAAGGAGAGCGUUCGACUCACUCUGUGGCCGUACAUAUCUUACCGUUUUCGGAUCAUUGCCAUCAAUGACGUGGGCAAAAGCAACCCCAGUAAACCCUCUGAAAUCCACAACACUCCUGCUGAAGCUCCAGACAAUAACCCUGAAGAUGUGAGGAGUGACUCUGCAGACCCAGAUGCCCUGGUCAUCACUUGGGAGGAAAUGGACAAGCGUAACUUUAACGGACCUGACUUCAAGUACCGUGUGCUGUGGCGGCGAGUGUUGGGAAGUGGACCUAACUGGCACAUUAACUACACAAUGGCGUCACCAUUCACAGUUCAUGACAUCGGCAACUUCUCUGCCUUCGAAAUCAAAGUCCAGGCUGUCAAUGCAGAGGGGGAGGGGCCUGAGCCAGACCCUGUCAUUGGUUACUCAGGAGAAGAUGUGCCAUUGGAGGCUCCUAUGGGUGUGGGUCUUACCAUAGUGAACAGCACCGCCAUCAGAGUGACCUGGGCCGCAGUAGACAAAGACACUGUCAGAGGACACCUGCUGGGAUACAAGAUCCACUUGACCCGGACCGGCUCUAGGAGCCACCACCGAGGCCGCAGAGCCAGGGAACCAGAGACUAUGGUGAUAGAAACUGGUGCCAAUGAGGAGAAGAAGGUGAUCAAUGAUCUGAGACCGUACUCCCAUUACAUUCUGGCGGUCACUGUGUUCAACAGCAAAGGGGAGGGACCCCCCUCUGAGACGCUGUCCUUCAAGACUGAUGAAGGAGUUCCUGGUCCACCCAUGUCUCUAAUACUGGACAGCCCAUCAGAGACAUCAAUGACCCUUUACUGGACUGCACCAGAACGGCCUAAUGGAGUGCUCAUGGGAUAUCUACUGCAGUACCAGAUUCUGGGGAGUGAUGACAGCCCCAUGAUGGUGGAGACCAUAGACGACCCCACUAUCACCCACCUCACACUAAAGGGCCUGGAUCAGAACAGCCACUACCGCUUCUACCUGAGGGGGCGCACUGCCACCGGAGACGGGGAGCCCAUCAUCAGGGACGGUGCAACCACACUGGAUGAAGCACCGCCUGCAAACAUCAGCUACUCUGUUGGAGAAACCUCAGUCAACUUCAGCUGGGUGCCCAAGAAGAGACACCGGCAGUUUAAUUUCCAGAUCCACUACUUCAACAAAAACGAUGGCCGUAAAUGGAAAAAGACAGAGAAGGUGAACUCCUCUCUGUCUACUUACCAGCUCCAGGACUUGACUCCGGGCUCUCAUUAUCAACUACUCUUCACCUACAGCAACAGCAGCAGCUUCUGGGAGGGUGACAUCUACACAGAGGGAACGGGAGUGAUGGCGAGGCAGCCACACUUUCCAACGCAGGGCUGGUUUAUCGGUGUUGUGAGCGCCAUCGCACUCCUGUUGCUGAUCCUGCUCAUCCUCUGCUUUAUCAAGAGGAGCAAAGGGGGGAAGUAUUCAGUGAAAGAUAAAGAGGAGGGUCCGUUGGACUCUGAGGCACGUCCUAUGAAGGAUGAGACGUUUGGAGAGUACAGAUCUCUAGAAAGUGAUCUUGAAGAGAAGCGCACGGCGAGCCAGCCGUCGCUGUGCGAGGACAGUAAGCUGUGCAGCCAGGACAACCUGGACUUCAACGGCAGCAGCGCCAUAACCACAGAGCUCAACAUGGACGAGUCUCUGGUCAGCCAGUUCAGCCGGCCGAGCGAGGCCCCAGAAGCGCUCCACGGUCUGCCAGAAAACACCCCGCUCAGCUCAGCCACCAACGGCGUCCCCAACUCAGUCGCCAUCCUAGAUUAACCCCCACCCCUCCAGCGGGGACCAUCAGACCAAAACAUGUCAACACGUAUGUGCCCAUAUGCUCCUGUUCCCUACUGAUCGGUAGUUUGAUGACUAAUACACAAUCAAUUUAUUGACAAUUCAGAUGCCCCUGGCAGUCAUCUGAUUGACUGGACUAUUUUGACCAAAGGAGUGUCCAAAGUAGCGGACAAUAAUAUACAAGUCUGACUGAUGCGACUAAACAGCCACUCUCUGAUGUCCUUCGACCCCUUGACCUCCUUAAUCUGUGUAGUUUACAGCAUAUCUAAAUGACUAACAUUCAUUUCUCUCCUUUUCUUUUCUUUCUGUCUCUCAGAUAAGUCCGAUGAAUCCAUAUAAAACAGAAUGUUGAAGCGGUAGAAAUGUGAGAGACGGACUGUACUUUUGGUCCAGUAGGGAUGCAGAGUAGUGCGUUGACAGAGGAGAAUGACGAUAGAGCAGUGUGGGGAAACAGACAGCAAAAGCUGCUGUAAAAAGUCUUAAAUCUUAGAUAUUUUUCAUGUUUUAUAUUAUUUUACAUGUUGUUGUGAUGUCUAACAAUACUUGAUGUCUCAGAUUGUAAUCACAAGUGACAUUUUUUAUGAGUUUAAAUGCACAUCUGUUUUUGGUUUACCAUUAUAUUUAUUUUAUUUUUUACAACUUUUCACAUUGUUUUCUAUACUAUUUCUAUGACACCACCGUUCAUUGCUUUUUUAAAUUGACAUAAUUCAUAGAUCAAAAUGCUUUCAUCAAAAUGAAGUGAAGCCAAGUUUCUUACUAUAAAUAACAUUGGAUGCAUAAGGGGAACUUGCUGUGAAAAUGCUGAGUAGCAUCUGGUGUAUAUACGUAGCUGCAUCUACAUCUAUCUAUUUAGCCAUAAUACAGUAUUAUACAUAUGUAUACAUGCUCCUUAUUAAGUUCCUGUGCCUGCUGGGUUUGCAUAGAGCACCAGAUUGAUGUCAUUACUCUCUCGCCUUCCCACCAGAAGUGUAAUGCCAUUAUUGGAAAUGAUAUUGUAAUUUUUUGUGUAGACCUAUGUGUAGCUUUCUGUAUCUGUCUUUGUCUCUUUCUACAUUGUAUUAAAACACUGUUGUCUCUAAUUAACAAGCUUUUCCUACCUGACCAUCUCAUGCCACACAAAUUGUUUGAAGAGCAGUAUUUAUGUAUAUUUACAGAGAGGCACAUACUCUCACAUUUUUAUUUUCAGACUUUCAUCAAUGCAAGCUGAUACUGCAGACAGGCUUAAAUGAGCUGAUGUAUAAUAAAGGCAAGCAGUGGAUAAUAACGUCAAACACAGAGAAUGUAUUCUUUUUAGUGAUGGGCAGACACUAUAUUUAAAUGCUACUGAGAAAAAAAGAAGUCCAGAACAGUUCAAAAAAGAAAAUUAGAAGAACUGGGAAGUCCUCUUUUCCCCAUUGAAUGUAAAUACACCCUCUAGAAAAUGGUUUUGAUGAACCCAAACAUGUUUGAUAUGAAAAAUGUGAAAAACAGUGCAAGUUUAAAACCAUUUAAUUUCAUUUUAAAAUGUUGCAAGUUGUCAUUUUGCUUCUUUGUACUAUUGCUAUGAAUUCAAAUGUUCCAUUUUUGACCAAUCAUUGCAGUGCGAUUUGGCUGUUUUAGCAAAGGAGAAAAAAAAAAAAGAAAAAAAAAAAGCUCACUGACAGAGGAAAAAAAAAA